AUGAGGCCCACCACCUUUACGGUGUCGGGCGUCCCCAUUUCCUCUCUGCAGGACAACGAGCCCCUGCGCUUCCUGGGACGUCCCGUGGGCUUCCGUAUCCCUUCCGGCACGGGUUCUACCAUUGACAACGCCAUCUCCCAGGCCCGCGCCAUCAUGUCGUCCAUGCUGGCGCCUUGGCAAAGGCUCGACGCCAUACGGACCUUCGUCUAUCCGGCGUUGAACUUCGCCAUGAGGUGCGGCGUCUACUCGAAAACCGAUUGGCGACGGCUCGACGAGGCCGUGCGCCCCCUGGUUAAGAGGACGCUUUACCUGCCGGUCAACGCCUCUACCCACUACAUCUACGGGAGCGCCGCCGGCGGAGCUGCUGCCAUCCCCGUGGCCGCGGAGUUAAGCGAUGUGUGUCGCAUUGACUCUGCGUUCAAACUGCUCACCACGGCGGACCGGGAGCUGCGUGACAUGGCCCUCUCCGAUGCCUACGCGGUGGCCUCGGCGCGUCUCGGCUGGGAGGCGACCCGGUCGGAGCUCGAGGCCUACCUCUCCGGAGACAUCGAGGGCGUCUUCCGCACCCCCGCAACGCAGCUCCGGUCGGUCUGGACGGAAGCCCGCAAGGCUUCCCGUCGACUCCACGUUGCUUGGACCAUCGCGCCGGACAACACGACCCUCACCUGCGCCGACGUUACCAUCACGUCGACGCAUCGGAACCGCGUCAUGCGGUCGAUCCGUGAGGUGCUCGCAGCUGACCGUGACCGCGCCCUACACGCCCAGCCAAACCAGGGGAAGGUGAUGGCGUGCGUGUCGGCGGACCGCGCCAGCUCGCACUUCAUGCGUAGCGGCGCUUACACCCACUUCGCCGACUGGCGCUUCGUCCACCGUGCGCGCCUGAACCUCCUUCCCCUGAACGGCGCCGUCAUGUGGGGCCCUCCAGACCGAGAUCAGCGGUGCCGGACCUGCGGCUAUCAGCGCGAGACACUACCGCACGUGCUGGGCCACUGCAUCAUUUACGGCCCGCAGGCCCGCCAGCUACAGCACAUCAAGCAGGCCUCAUUCUAA